AUUAUUUGUAUUACUAAUAAGGCUUAUAACAAAGUCCUCGCCGAAUAUUUAGCUAUUAAGCGUAUUAAUUUUAAUACUAUAGUUUCUCUUUUUAUUCGUUAUACCUUGCUCUGUAAGCGUAUCGAAAAUACUAAGUUUAAGAUUGAUAACGAUUUCGAGAUUACUUUCCUUUAUAAUGUUAUAAAGGCCGCCUACCCCAUCGAUGCU